GUGGGAAUACGGUAAAGAGACUGCAGAUAACCUCCUCCUUUUUCCAUCUUUAAAGAGAGACAAUAACAGAUACUCGCUCUUUCUUACCUCUAUUCUGAUCGACUGAGUACCCCCGGAUGAACAGUUUCCGUUCGACCGGUAGAUUAUUUGGCCGUCACUGUCGCAUCGCCUUGGGGCUCUUCCCCGCAGCUGUUCCUCAACCCGGUGGAUUACUUCCACUCCGUAUCGUGCACUCUCAAAUCUUGAAUAAUCACAGUUUCAAACGCACAAUGGCCUCUGCAGUAGCCAAGCGCCUAGAAGGCAAGACCGUAGUGAUCACCGGUGCUUCGUCGGGAAUUGGAUAUUCGACCGCCAAGGAGUUUGCGCGCACUUCCCCCGGGAACCUUAAGAUUGUCGUCACAGCUCGACGAGUUGACAGGCUAGAGCAAUUGGCCAAGGAGAUCAAGGAGGAAGUUGGAGAUGGUGUGAAGGUGUUGCCUGUGGCUUUGGAUGUGUCGAAUCCUCAGCAGGUUAAAGAUUUCAUUCCUUCGUUGCCGGCCGAGUUUCAGGACAUCGAUGUUCUGGUCAACAAUGCUGGUCUAGUCAAGGGUGUUGCACAAGCACCCAAUAUUGACCCCGAAGACAUCAACGUCAUGAUUUCGACCAACGUCACCGGUUUGAUCAAUAUGACUCAGGCUGUCUUGUCCGUCUACAAGAAGAGAGAUCAAGGUGGCCGGGGAGAUAUAAUCAACAUUGGCAGUAUUGCUGGUCGUGAGCCAUAUUCUGGUGGAAGCAUUUACUGUGCCACAAAGGCUGCCGUGAGAAGUUUCACCACUGCUCUCAGGAAAGAGCUCAUUUCUACUCGUAUUCGAGUGAUUGAGAUCGAUCCUGGUCAGGUUGAGACGGAAUUCUCGGUCGUCCGCUUUUACGGCGACAAGUCCAAGGCAGAUGCUGUCUAUGCUGGUGUCGAGCCUCUUACUCCUGAUGAUAUUGCAGAGGUGAUUGUCUUUGCAGCAGGACGCAGAGAGAAUGUCGUUAUUGCAGACACUCUCAUUUAUCCCAGCCACCAGGGUGGUGCCGGUGCCAUUCACCGCAAGUCUUAAACACUAUACAUGACUGUUUAUUGAACAUACCAUACAAGUACAUAUAUUGUUCAAAUCUAUAUCAAUUCCAUAGUUCUUGUAGAAAUAGGUUAUCCAAAGUGGGCCUUGAUGUGCCCAUCCAACCAAUCACAUCCACCCCAGCUGGCCGACUGCGUAACG